GGGUAGAACAUGAGUGAAUUUUAUAGCAGGCACAUUUAUAGCUGAGGGUUGAAGAGAAGAUAGCUGGAGAUUUUGUUGACUCGGUAAUGCCAUGUUGUUAUACUUGCUGUCUCUGCUCUUCCUGUAUACACAUGCUUUGAACCUGGAGACCCAGAAUCCAAAAACCUUCUCUGGACCCAAAGGCAGCUACUUUGGAUUUUCCUUUGAUGUCUAUGAGCCUGGAGACAAGGGGUUAAGCAUUGCUGUAGGUGCUCCAAAAGCGAACACGUCUCAGCCCGGGGUCACUCGUGGGGGAGCUGUUUUCCUGUGUCCAUGGCAGUCUGGAAGCAAUGAGUGCUCCACCAUACCAUUUGACCAAACAGGUGACAUAAUUGACACUAAGAAUCAUGUGGUACAGAUAUUCAAGUCUGACCAGUGGCUUGGCGCAACAGUAAGAACAUGGGACAGAAACAUUCUGGCUUGUGCCCCCUUGCAGCAUUUUACAUUUCAGAUUAAUACAGAUAUAUUUAAUCAGUCUGGGAAAACGCCCACUGGAGCCUGUUACUUGACUACGGAUCUGAAGAACAGCUAUGAAUUUGCUCCAUGUCGAGAGCUCACUGUAGAGAAUACCUACGCCUUAAGGAAAUAUAGGAAUGAUACACGUGACUGUGAGCUUGGAUUCAGUGCAGAAAUAAGCAAGACUGGGACUCUGUUAGCAGGAGCACCAUCUGGCUUCUAUUUUGAUGGACUAUUCAUGACUGUGCCCCUGUCUUCUAUUCCGAACGCUCCUAAGGGCACGCUGAGAAAUUUUCGGAACCUGUACACAUCACCUGAGUUUACCGUUUCUAGUGAUGCAUAUCAAGGUUUCUCAGUUGCUUAUGGUGAAUUUUCAUAUGAUGACAAUCCAGACCUGGUCAUUGGAAUCCCGAACUAUGUUGAUAUUGGAGCAGUUCAGCUAUAUACAAAUUCACGUCUAUUUCGUGUCAUCAGAGGGAAACAGGUUGCUGCACAUUUUGGUUAUGCAGUAGCAGUCACCGAUAUUGAUAAAGAUGGAUAUGAUGAUCUUCUGGUCGGAGCACCUUUAUUCUUAAAACACCACAUUGGUGGAAAAUUACAAGAGGUUGGACAAGUUUCCGUGUUUAUGCAGAAGACAACCAGAAAGUUUGGCGAAGAUUAUAAGACCCUUAGUGGGAACUAUGUUUAUGGGCAAUUUGGUGCAUCAAUUGCUCCACUAGGAGACCUAGAUCUGGAUGGAUACAAUGAUGUGGCUGUUGGUUCUCCAUUUGGAGGAAAAUCUGGAGGAGGCUGUGUGUAUAUUUUUAAAGGACAAAGAUCCGGGCUGUCAACACAACCAUCCCAGAUCCUGGAGAACCCCCUAUCCACACCUUCUAAAUUUGGAUUUACUCUCCGAGGAGGAAAAGAUAUUGAUGGUAACGGGUAUCCAGAUCUGAUUGUCGGUGCUUUUGGAGCAGACACAGUGUAUGUAUACAGAGCCCAGCCUGUUGUUGCCCUACAUACCUCAAUUACUUUCUCACCAAAUGUCUUAAACCCUGAUGUAAAGACAUGUACAACUGGUUCUAGGAAUGCCAGCUGCUUUGAUGUGAUCAUCUGUGUGCAGACCUCAGGAAAAAACCUGCCCAAGACAUUGAAUCUCUUAGCUGACAUUCAGCUGGACAGCCAAAAGAACAGAUUUCUACGUAGAACUCUCUUCCUUGAUUCUCCAACAUCUAGCAAAACAAUAUCUAUUGAAGUAAAGGAUGAUAGGGCACCUGUCUGCAGUAAUGUCAAAGUCUACCUGAAGGAUGAAUCUGAGUUUAAGGAUAAACUUAGCCCUAUAGUUGUCAGUGUCAACUUCAGCUUAGCCGUGCUACCUACAAGUGUGUUGCCUCCAAUUAUACAUGGAAACAGCUUUCUUCAAGAGCAGAUUCAUAUUCUUUUGGACUGUGGUAUUGACAAUAUCUGCAUACCAGACCUUCAACUCAUGGCAAAAUGGAAUGAAGAUCCUCUUGUUAUCGGGAUUGAUAAUCUGGCACAAAUCCAUUUCCAUGCCAGAAACCAUGGAGAAGGGGCCUAUGAAGCUGAACUCCAUAUCUGGCUUCCGUCUGGGGCACACUACAUGCAGGUCUUAAGUAGAACUAAGGAGAAACUAAUCUGUGCCCCCAAAAAAGCUAAUGAGACUGAGCUUGUUAUUUGUGAGCUGGGGAAUCCCAUGAAGUAUGGGGCAGAGAUAUCUGCUGCACUGCAGCUGACCAUCAGUAACCUGGAAGAGAGUGGGAGCAACAUCUCUUUCCCUAUGCAGAUAAAGAGCCGAAACAGUCAAAAUUCAAGCAGCCCAAUAGUAUGGGUACACUUGGACAUUAUAGUGAAAAUGUCUCUCGAUCUCAGAGGGAGCAUUCACCCUGCAGAAGUCAUUCUGCCACUAUCCAACUGGGAACUAAAAGAGGAUUCAAAGAAUCCCGGUGAUCGAGGGGUAAUAGUGACCCAGAUCUUUGAGCUCCACAAUGGUGGGCCAGGCACUGUCCAUGUUCAACUAGUCAUUCAAAGCCCUGAGGACUACGAAGAUGAGCAUUUUUUGUACCCAUUCGAUCUGAUGAUAGAUGACAACAUGAAAUGUUCUCCAAUGCCACCCGUCAACACUCUACAGCUCAUGUAUCCAACUGUAGCCCCUGUCAGCAAGGCAGAUAGUCAUAGAGUAAAUAGGAGAGAAGCCCCAAGAGAUGAACAGGGUGUUGGGAUGGCCGAAACUGAAAAUCAAACUACCAUAGAAGACAGUCGUCGUCCUAAGAUACCCAUUCUGCUGAAUUGUCAUAAUUCAACCUGCUGGAAGAUCAAAUGUGUCAUUCAGAAUAUGGAAAAAGGGCACAGAGUGACGCUGAAACUUGAUUCUGUUUUGUGGGUCUCCAGCUUCCUCAAGAGACCACAGCAGCAAUUCACUUUGCGUUCCAAUGGUUACUUCAACGUGACAGGUGUCCCUUACAGGAUCCAGCCUCCAGCCAUGAUAUUUAACGAAACCUCUGCUGACCUGGUGGUCCAGUGGGUAACUCCUGAUGGACAGAAAGAGAUCCCCUUAUGGUGGAUAAUCCUUGGAGCCCUUGGGGGGCUGCUAAUUCUGGCACUGUUUAUAUUUGUCAUGUGGAAGCUUGGAUUCUUUCAAAGGAACCGGCCACCAACUGAAGAUGAGGACAGUCUAACCAGUGGGCAGUAAUGGAUGACCUUUUACUUCCACCGUUAAUGUAUUUGUGGUUUGAAAUAAUAUUUUGUGCGUUAUCAGAACCCUAAACUUAUGAGUAGCCAUAAAAUGCUGAAUAAAUAUCGGGCAGACCCUCUUUUCCAUUCA